AUGGCCACCUGCUGGCAGGGCCUCUGGGCCUACCGCUUCUAUCUGAUUGUCUUACUCCUGCCCAUUUUGCUGCUGCCUCUGCCCAUCGCCGUGGCCACCAAGGAAGCCUACUGUGGCUACAGCAUCAUCCUGAUGGCCCUCUUCUGGUGCACUGAAGCCCUGCCUCUGGCCGUCACCGCCUUCUUCCCCAUCAUCCUGUUCCCCAUGAUGGGGAUCAUGGAUGCCUCUGAGGUCUGCAUAGAGUACCUCAAGGACACUAACAUCCUGUUCAUCGGGGGCCUGCUGGUGGCCAUCGCAGUUGAGCACUGGAACCUGCACAAACGAAUUGCCCUCAACGUGCUCCUCAUUGUGGGGGUACGGCCUGCCCUGCUGAUCCUGGGCUUCAUGUUGGUCACAGCCUUCCUGUCCAUGUGGAUCAGCAACACGGCCACCACGGCCAUGAUGGUGCCCAUUGCGCACGCCGUCCUGGACCAGCUGCACAGGGCACCCACGGACAAUAGCAAGGAUGUGGAGGAGGGCAGUGACAACCCCACCUUCGAGCUGCAGGAGCCAAGUUGCCAGAAGGAAGAGGCCCAGCUUGACAAUGGCCAAGCCCACCCAGUCCCACCUGAACCUUCACCUGUCUCACCUGCUCCUUCGGGGACACCCAACAGCCAAACCCAGGAGCAGCUCCGCUUUACCCAGGGCAUGAGCCUGUGUGUGUGCUACUCAGCCAGCAUCGGGGGCAUCGCCACACUGACUGGCACCACCCCCAACCUGGUGCUGCAAGGCCAGAUCAACUCGCUCUUCCCUGAUAAUGGGAAUGUGGUGAACUUUGCCUCCUGGUUCGGUUUUGCCUUCCCCACCAUGAUCAUCUUGCUGCUGCUUUCCUGGAUAUGGUUGCAGAUCCUCUUCCUGGGCUUCAACUUCCGGAAGAACUUUGGCAUUGGGGGACAGUCACGGGAGCGAGAGCAAGCAGCCUACCGAGUCAUCAAAACAGAACACAAGCUGCUGGGCCCCAUGACCUUUGCAGAGAAGGCUGUCAGCAUCCUCUUCGUCCUCCUGGUGGUGCUGUGGUUCACGCGGGAGCCAGGCUUUUUCACUGGCUGGGGCAACCUGGCUUUUCCCAACGAAAAAGGGGAAAGCAUGGCGUCCGAUGGGACAGUGGCCAUCUUCAUCAGCAUAAUUUUGUUCAUCGUGCCCUCCAAGAUUCCAGGGUUAACCCAAGUUCCAGGCAAACCAGGAAAACUGAAGGCCCCUCCGGCUCUCCUGAACUGGAAGACAGUAAACGAGAAGAUGCCCUGGAACAUCGUGUUUCUGUUGGGUGGUGGCUUUGCCCUGGCCAAGGGCAGUGAGAAAUCAGGUCUGUCGCAGUGGCUGGGAGACAAGCUGACGCCCCUGCAGAACAUUCCACACCCUGCCAUUGCCUUCAUUCUCUCCCUCCUCAUUGCCACCUUCACUGAGUGUACCAGCAACGUGGCCACCACCACACUCUUCCUGCCUAUCCUGGCCUCCAUGGCUCAGGCCAUCUGCCUCCAUCCUCUCUAUGUCAUGCUCCCCUGCACUCUGGCUGCCUCCCUGGCCUUCAUGCUCCCUGUGGCCACCCCGCCCAACGCCAUCGUCUUCUCUUUCGGAGGCCUCAAAGUGUCUGAUAUGGCCCGGACGGGAUUCCUGCUCAACAUCCUCGGCGUGCUGGUCAUCUCACUGGCCAUCAACACAUGGAGCCAACCCAUCUUCAACCUGAACACCUUCCCCUCCUGGGCCCAAACCAACACCACAGCCCACUGCCUAGGUGGCCAGCUCAACACCACCACGCCCAGCCCCUAG